UUAUGAAAGCGCGAAAUGGCCCUCCUUCCAGGCGACCUCCAGCCUCCAAAAGCAGCCGACCGGGGGAAAGCCAAAGCCAGGGGCGGCCUUCCGGAGGGCCAUCUCCGCAGCCGUGCAGGCGGGACCGCAGUUCUCGCCGGCCUGCCGAGAGCAUCAAGAGGAGCCGUGAGGCGGGAAGGGGCCUGUCGUGCAAUCGCGGGGCUGGGGCGGCCCUUAGCGGCGAAGGAGAGCGCUGCGGGCGGCUUCUCCUGCCCCUCCCAGCAGGGCCGGGGCCAGGGCAAGAGCGGGAGAGACAUGGAGGAGGCGGAGAAGGCUGGGGCUGAGCCCAGGCGGCUGAGGAGCCGGCGCCGCUCCAGCGGGCGCUGCAGCUCGGAGCGAUCGCCGAGCCCCGGCCGCCUGGACGUGAGCUCGCCGCGGUUCGACCCGCUGCUGGCGCUGUACUCGGAGCGCACCCCGCUGCCUUACCCGGCCGCGCCCUGCUUCAACAACCUGGCCGAGUACGAGAGCUUCCAGCGCGGCCUGCUCCGCGCCCCGGGUCGCCCGCGAGCAGCCGCUGGCCGCAGUAGCCGCUCCGCAGGGGCGCGCGCCCGGAGCCGAGCCGGCCGGGCCGCCGCCGACCCCGAACGCCUCCAGCGGCUCCGCAGCCUCAUGAUGGUCAAGGAGCCCAGGCCAGAAGCGGCCGAGAGGGCGCGGGGCAGGAGGGCGCCGCGCAACGUCCUCACCAAGAUGCCCCUUCAUGAAGGCAGUCCACUUGGGGAACUCCACCGCUGUGUCCGUGAUGGUGUAAAGGUCAAUGUCCAUAUCCGAACAUUCAAGGGGCUUCGUGGUGUCUGCACUGGAUUCUUGGUUGCAUUUGACAAGUUCUGGAAUAUGGCCCUGACAGAUGUAGACGAGACAUACCGAAAACCAGUGCUGGGUAAAGCUUUCUAUGUGGAGCCACAGUUGACCCUCACCAGACUCUUUGACAGACUGAGGUUGCAGGAAUCCUUGGUUAAAAAAGAAGCUGAUUCAAAGACGACUGACGACUUGCCAGCCCUUCCGUAUGAUCCAAGGACACCGGGGAGGAAAUCUGAGUCAGGGAGGGGAAGAUCAGAGGAGGAACAUGGAACAAAGAAGCACACCAGCAGAGAGAGGACACGAAGCUGUAGUUUGCCUAAAGUCUCUGGGCGGGACACGGACUUGUCCAGCAGAAUCUCCCAAGCAGAGGAGAAGAGCACAGGUGGCAAAAGAGGCCGUUCACGAAAAAAGCAGAGGCCCAAAGUGGAUUAUCAGCAAGUGUUUACACGACACAUAAACCAGAUUUUCAUUCGGGGAGAGAAUGUCCUGCUUGUUCACUUAGCACAUUGAUCUCACUGGACUGAUUCCAGCAAUAGCACCGCAGUGGGUGAAAAGGGGUAGUAUUGUGACUCUUCUUCCUUUCUUUUGUCCAAAAGAGAGAAAGGAUUCUAGACACAGAGACAAGAGCAUCUUGAGCCAAUGGUCUGUUUGGGUGGACUGGAAUUGAUCUACAGUUGAUGCGGCCUCCCCAAAAACAGACACCCUAAGCUUUGGGAGGUACAUGGGCUGUGUGGCUUUCAAAAUUGCGUGGCUUGGAUAUGGAGCAACUAUCGCUGUACAGUAACUAUUUAAGAUAUACAGUAUAUAGAGCUGGCUGAGCGGCUCUGGAAAAGCUGUAUGGUCAUGACAUGGACGCUUCUGUGAGAAAUGAGAAUCAAUUUAAAUGAUGGGACAGAAUGUGUUAAUACAUAGCAAGGGAAUGAAGAGCCUGUGAAAAGGAGCUACAGCUGUAGGAAUUAGCUUGCCUGAAGCCAUGUCCUCUUCUCCACACACUAUGCGCAGUGGGGCCAAAAACUCUAGUCCAGCUUUGCAUUGCAGGCCCUCUGAUGUCUAAAGAGGUUCCAUUCACAGAAACAAAUGGAAAGAGAAAGAAGGAGUUUGCAUUGCAACUACUGUAAUUAGAAAAAGCCUUUCCUCACCAAUUCAUCUUUUCUUUUUCCUUUUUCAGUGACUGAAAGUUGCAUUUGACCUUUGGUUUGGUACUUAUAAAAACUGGGCCCUCAACCCAUUUUUUCUCUACUUUUCCCCCCAUCCAUUUCUACCUGCAAACAAUAUGUGUGGCUUCCCUAAUUUGAGGUGGUUUCAGUGUAUUUUUCAACAACCCAGAAAUUGCAGCUUUUUUCAUCCAUUUCUGUGUCUUAACAAUAAAGACUGAGAUGUACAUAUUUGGCUUAAAAAAAGAAAAAGUUGAAUGUAUGCUUGCUGUUGCUGUGCACUAUCUAGUGGCUUUGGGAUGCUGAUUUUCCAGGAACUUUUAGUAACUACAGAAAAUACUUGUUUGCAAUAUCUACAAGGAUUUUUCCAAUUCUUUUUUGGCUCUCAGUGAUCCUUUUCAGAUGCUGCUUGUUCUUGAGAAGCAUGUUUAAAACUGCUGAAAUGAAAAGAAUGCAUGAUGAUUAUUUCAAAAGCCAGUGCUAUUCACAGCACCCGUGUAUCAUUCAGCAUCUGUCAGAACAGUGCAAGAUGUAACAAUGCAUGUAUAUGGACCAUGCCAUGAAAUGUUUAGGGUGCUAUAAAAUAGCACCUCUGUUUAUACGAAAUGUGUUCAACACAUCAGUAGUUAGAGAAGAUUCCCUUAAGUAGGGGAAAUACCAUGAGGUCUUUUACAAUUUUAUGUAGAAUUCCAAAACUCCUAUAAAAACAUAAUCAAUACAUUUAGUGAGUCAUUCUGCAUUUCUAGAAUAACUGGACAAUCUUCUAAUGACUGAGUUGCAUUACACAAAGAUCAAUUGUGAUAUAUUUUUGUCUGAAUGGCAAAAUCAAGUGUAAUUUACCUAAUAUUCUCCAGGGGUAAAAAUCAAGCAUUUGGGGGAUGGGGAAAUCUUGUCAUUAAGAUUUUUUUUUUGUACAGAUAAUAUUUUGGGGUAUCAGGAGCAUUUUAGAAGCUUUGGUGAUGCAUCUGAUACUUGUGCUGGAAGCAAAACAGGCAGUUAAAGGAAAGCCUCAUUGCUUCUUCUGAACUCCUUCCUAGGUUGGCUGAAGGUUUUGCCCCCACUCCACCAAGAACUAAUGGAAAAAUGAUUCUCUUUUGGGAUGCUGGAGCCCUGAAUUGCAUGAUAAUAAUAACCCAAAACAGGGCAGCCUGGGAAGAGGAUUUCCUGACUCACAGGAAGUCCACCCCUUUUGGAGCCUGUAUUUUCCCUCAAAAGGGGGGGAAAUAAUCAUAUAAGUCAAUUUUCAGUGCAAAGGCAGGAGGAGAAUGUUGAGUGGCUCUCACCCUCAACUUUCACUUUAAAUUAGGUAAAGUGUGAAAAUCCACAUAACAUUUAAUCUUCCCCAGUGUUGAAUGACUCAGAACAUCAUAUUUUAUGUAGUCAAGUGUAAUCCAGGGCAAGGGAGUAAAUAUGGUAACAGUCAAGGAACGGAGCUAGGAAGCAAUAUGCAUAGGAUACAAGCAAAGUUUUGUAUAAUUGUAUUUGUUUCAACAAAGGUGGAAAAGAUAUAUGCAAAAUGUGUGUCUUCCAAGGUGUCUUCAUUCUUUCAGUCCUUCUUUGCCAUUCUAUGUUUUUUUUAAAUUUCAGUAAUUUUUUUGGUGUGAGAUUAGCUUUACUUUCUGCAGCAAUCUCUAGUUGCCCUUUCUAAUGUGACUUUCUCCUCUUUGUAGUGUACAACAUCACAAGGUUCUUUCCAAGAUAGUCUUCUCUGGUGCCUUCAGAUAUAUUUUCUGGGACCUCCAUCUAGAUUUCACCUAGUUAGAGUAGGCUCAUAGGUGUCCAGUAGAAGCUGCAGUGAUAUCAGGGGCAUCAUUACAUCAUCCACUCCCGUGGACUCUUUAUUGUAAGAGUCUUAUGGCUGGAUCCAAAGUGUUUGAUAACUAUUUUGACUUCUGUUGGAUGGCACAAAGUUUGACUGUUGCUCAGGAUGAUUUUCUUUAACUCACUAGAUUCAUAGGUAUCUCCUGCUUUAAAAAAAAAUCAAUUUUUUCCUUCUUUUUUGAAGGUCAGUACCAUAUCUAUUUUGGAACUUUGAACAGUUUCAUCUACUUCAGUGAUUGGGUCAAAAGUUAGUAUUAGAAUGGAUUAUUCAAAUUUAGUUGUAUGAUUUUCCAUUAGUGGUCCGUUUCAAUACCUGAACCAAAUACAUUUAUAUUAAGUACAAUGCAUUCUUCCUUUUUCUUUUCUUUUUCCACAUCAAAAGCUGAAGAUAUACUUUAGUGAUUUGAUUCACUCUACCUGUUUGCUUCAUUCUCAGCUCUUUAUUGUGAUUUUUUAAGAAAACCAAGUUUAAUACCUAGUAUUUUGUUUCUGUGUGAUAAAAAACAAACUUUCUUGGUACAUUCACAUUUGUAAAAUGGUGUACUGCUUGCUCGUUUGGUUCUAUACCUUUACUACCUUGAGCAUCACUAUCUUUGUUGCUACUGUUUCUGUCUUCUAGAAUAUUCUGCCAGUUAUUUGAGUGCAGGAAUUUCUUGCACGUAUCAGGUUUCCUUGUUGGCUAGAACUUAAUUUCAGAAGAUCAGAACAUCUCUCUUAUUUUCCUUUGCUACUUUUUCUUCACAUAGCUUCUAAAGCGUCAUUACUGAACUUGCAGGUAGAUGUAGUCCUGGAAUAAUCUCAUUCCUUGACCUUUGUUUCUGCCUAAAGCCUAUAUACCAUUCAUAUUUUGAAAUCAUACGAAUCUUAAAAUAGUUGGUUGGCUGUUGUUACUUGAAAACUUCUGGUGCUAAGCUUAAUUUCCAAGGUGUUACUUGGCAGUGUAUUUGAAAACAGCCUGUCUUCCUUUCUGCCCUCAACCCAUAGCAGCUUAAUUCAUUUCUGCAUGAAUUCAGGUGAAUUCAUGUGUAAUGUCUUUGGGCUUGCUGCUUGUUUGCCAGAAUGGAAAGUGUACUACCAAACCAUAGUUUAAAAAUCUUUAAAAGCUACCAAGGCAUAGUUUAACAGCCAGUAGGGAUAUGCAUAAAACCUUGAACAAGAAAGUUUGAGACUAGAAGCCAUGCAGAUACAACGGGCAGAACACUUAGCUAUGAGGAAAAGGAUUAAUAUUCUGAUUGCUUUAUCAGACAGUCCAUAACCUAUGAAUGGCUAAAUUUACAAUAAUGGUUACUCCUCAGUUUGACUGAAAAAGAAAAAGUAAGCAGAACUAAAAUAGGGGGAAAAAAAUCCUACCUUCAGAUGUGGAAUACUUAGCCAAAUUGGCUCUUUGUUUUCCUAUUCUGUGCAUUUCUGUUGGAAGAAAAAUCUGUGGAGGGAAUCUUAAAACUCAGGUUGUCUGUUGUCAAAAGCUAAGAUUGAUUUUAAAUAGAAGUUCCAUCUGGACAGGGUUUAAAACGCUUCUCUGUGACAACAUAUUACUUGGUAAGUUUAACAUUGUGAACUGGGUUCUGUGUGAGUUGUCUAGCUGCUUACAGGAUUUUUGCAUCAGUGCUGUGAAAUAGGCUGUGGAGGACAGCUAUAAAGUGGUGGCAGUUGCUUCUCCUAGUCUUCUCCCUCCUCUUCCUCCUUACAAGCAGUCUUCCUUCCAUUAUCUGUUGAGAGAAGCUACAUUUAAUCUCUGUCAUAUUAUGCAGCUAUUCUCUUUUAUGAAGAGUUGGUCAUCCUGUGUAACAGCAGACAUAUUGGCUCUCACUGGAUAGGAUUUUUGGACAUCUGAUGUGAAGAGUCGCUAGCACAUCUUAAAACAGCCUUUUUCUCUUGAAGAUUUUCUGUCACUUUGAGCUCUGAACCUUCAGUCAAUGGUGCAAGGAUGAAUAUUUACAAUUUUGUUGAUACUAAUUUAUUGUACGUCAGUCAACAAUCCAUUUCUCUCCUCACAUGGCUCAUGCUGUCAAAGAUUUCAUUUCUGGUUUCAGAGAAACCCCACUGGGGCUGAAGAUGAAUAGAAUUUAAUUUUUGUUCAGCAGUAGAAAUACCCCAGUGCCUUGGUGAAGCUGUUCCACAAAGUGAAUGACAGAGGUCUAGUUUGGUGGAGUAAGCGCGAAACACUUCUCCCUGAUCCAUGCAAAUGUUUCAGAGGAAACUGAACAGAACAGCUCCUCGGCUGACAGAGGUAAAAGCCUGUCACAGAGAAGGGAAAGAAUACCACACCUGGCUUCUGAGUUCACUAUUUCGGAGGAAAGUACAGGCAGGCCUGCUCAUUUUCUCCUUUACAGUUCACUGUCAGUAGAACAUACUUCUCCGACUUCUGUUGCAGCCAUUAGAAAUCACAAACCACUGGGCUGAUGGUUCACGCACAUCCUGAUUUUGGAGCCUCAGUUUCGAUGCCUGAUGUUAGAGAAAUGAAUCAUUGACGUGACACAUUUUGAACUAAUUUUAUUCUUGCAGCUCCUCCACUGAAUCUUGGGAACUCUGCUUUGCAGCUAUGUGGUACAAUUUGAAAUACAGUAUCUGUGGUUCUUGGCUGGAGAUGACAGGCUCUGAACGCUUCCACAUUUGUAAGGCAGGCACCGGCACAGGACUUGAUUUUUUCCCCCCUUUGCUUGCUUUUUUCUCUGCAGACGUUUUUUGGAUCAUGCUGGCACAUUUGAAGGGCAGCUGCCAAGUUCAGUAUAAACUCAGACAGAGCCUGCAUGGUGCAAAUGCCCCAACCUUCUGACUUUGGUCUGAACAGUUGGGAAAAGUUACAGCUAACCUACAUGCGGUAUCUGAGCAAGGCAAAAGCACCACUCGGCUGAAAGUCUACGCUUUGGCCCUGCAAUAUUUGUCAAAAGAAUGUGCAAAUGGCCGCCUAGCCUCUUUUCCUAAUGAUUUUAUUUCCAAGAAGGAAUUGCUGCUUGAACCCCUGCAAUGUAUGUACAUGUGUGUUUUUUCCAAAAAAAAAAAAAAAUGCUUGAUGGAUGUAAGCAUCUCUACCAGGAGUUCAGUCUCUAAGGCAAUAAAUGUCUCACUAUAAUU